ACCUCGUCCAGUCUCAUCUCUGCGAGCUCUUGCAUUUUGAUCAUUCGCUCUCGCACUUCGAGGUCUACACAUCCCACCAUGUUCUCUUUCACCAAGAUCACCUCCUUCGCUGUCCUCGCCUUGGGCACCUUCGCCUCCGUGUCUGCACUGCCCACCGUCAAGGACGUUGCGCCCGCAGUUGUGGCCGCCCCAGUCGUUGUCCCUAAGACGGUCAUCCAAGAGCGCGAUGGCAAUACCGUUGCGACCAUCUUUGCAAGCCUGAACGUACAGCUUGAGCCUGUUCUGUCUGGCCUUUCCGGGGCCAAGGACGCCGCCACUGUUCAGUCGGGAGUCACUGAGGUGACCUCGUUGAUCCAGUCAGCGACGACGUCUUUGUCGGGCCUCGUCGGGCAGCCGCAAGCUCAGGUACUCGUCAAGCUGGACGGGAGUGGUCUCCUCAGCGUUGGCGACGUUGCGGGCCUUGUCGGAGGGCUGUUGAAUACUGUGUUCGGUGUUCUUGGGCCCCUUACGACGGGUUCAGGUGCGGUUGGCACUCUCGGUCUCCUCACCCCUCUUCUGUCUGUUGUGGAGACGCUCUUGAGCGUCGUGGUGACGCUGCUUGGAACCACGGUGUCGUCCCUGCUGAGUUCCCUCCUACCGCUCAUCCUUGGGCUCGUUCCUCAGAUUUUGAGCCUCGUCCUUUCCCUUCUUUUGGGAUUACUCGGCCUCUAAGGUCGUUUGGACACUACGAAUGCAUCAGACUCAUGAAACGGGCGGAAGUCUUAUUUUGAAGGUCACUUGUCGAUGUCAUGGUCUCAUACUCACUCACGCUUUGUAACGAUCAAUUGAAUUUCGCUCUCUGGGUUUUGUGUUGAUUGCAUUCGCUUGCAUUAUGAGAGCCGCCGAUAAUCGCAUACACUCCUCCCACUCCUUCGAUAACGACAUCGUGGCGACUUUCAUGCUUGCGCUUCUCUAUUUGUGUCAUAAAUCUCCUUUUCUCGCGACUUCAGUUUGUACAUUGUGAAUGUAUCCUGCAAGAAAUUUUUCAUCUAAUCUUCAAGUUCAGCUUAACCACUACAGACAAUCCGAUUGGAAACUUUGGCACAACCCGGUCAGCCAUUUACAUUCUACCGAAGUUUUGCUGUUUGACACACUUCUUGGAUUGCUGGCGAGAACACCUUUCGUGUUACUACCCGAAUUUAUCCGUAGCGAUGUGAAUGUACAACGUCUUCCUGGAGGACACCGGGAGGACUUGCUCUCC